AUGGCACUCUUCCCCAAGCCUGCGGAAAACCAGAAUGUCGGGCUUUUCCUCUUGAACAAGCGCCUGAUUCGCAUCGCGUUUGGCGUGGGGGCCUUCCUGUUUGUGGCCUGUGGGCUGCUCUGGCGGCAACAAUAUGAUCGCGAGCCUCUGCCGAAACUGCCCGCCGAGCAACCCACGCCGGGCAUCAACGAGACGUCCGGAUACUAUCCCUACGAGACUGUCAGCGACUACGACCCCGUGUCUCUCGAUCCCAGCAACAAGACGACCGCGGAACUCUGCGCGACGUUUCCGAAGCACUUCCUGGGCCUCAUCCAGCCUGUGCUGAAGAUCGGCCACAGCGAGGAUCGUGCAAAAUUAGACGCUCAGCUCGACAGCGUCAGUGCGUGCUUCCAGCCUGAGGAGCUGCUCAUAUUCUCCGAUCUCGACGAACGCAUCCGCAACCACACGGCGAUUGACGUCCUCGCAAACCUCCCUCCUAAGUAUUACGAUGAGGAAUACAACCCAGAUAUCUCGAGUUACCUGCUACAAAGAGAGCUGCAAAAGAAUGGCAAGCUGGAUGAGGACAAGGAGGCGAUGAAGAAAAUCGACGGCUGGAAGAUUGAUAAGUUCAAGUUCCUGCCACAGAUAGAGCGGGCUUGGCUGUUGAAACCCAAUCGGCCUUUUUAUUUCUUCUACGAGACUGAUACAUAUGUCGUAUGGGACAAUGUAUACCGAUUUCUCUCAACCUUCGAUCCCGAUACUCCCGUAUACAUGGGCUCACCGUCACCUGGGCGCCAUGACAACGACCGCGAUAUCAAGACGUUCUUUGCUAAUGGCGGCCCUGGAUAUGCUCUCAGCCGAGCAGCCGUAAAAGCUCUUAUACACCGCGACGUGGCCCCGCAUGGCCAGUAUAGCGGCCCGUCCGUUACUGAACAAUGGCUCCCUCUGCUUCAAGGCGAGUGCUGCGGCGAUAGCGUCGUCGGCUGGACCUUGUGGAACAGCGGCGUGGCUCUGCAGGGAUACUGGCCCAUGUUUAAUCCUCAUGGUCUACAUGGAAUCCCGUUUAGUAACCUUUAUUGGUGUCAGCCCAUAAUGACCUUGCACAAAACCUCGCCAAAAGAUAUGGUGGAUGUUUGGAAAUGGGAGUUUGGGCAAAGGAAGCACGAGCGUCCAUUGCUUUACUCUGAUUACUGGCGAUUCCAACGUCCUGGUACCUCUGACAAUCUGGAGAACUGGGACAACGGCGACUGGGGCGCCUGGAGGCCCGGCCCAGAAGCGGGAAUAGACUCCUUUGAAAAGUGCGAGGAGGCAUGUACAAAGGACGAUAACUGCAAGCAGUGGAACUGGCGAGGUAGAGACCACAAGGAAUGUGUUCUCUCACAGGAUUUUAGCCACGGCGCAGCGCGAGAGCCGGAAGAAAGGGACGGCAAAUGGGUCGACUACAGAUCCGGCUGGCUGAAGGAGAGGAUUGAGAAAUGGCGAGGAGAGAGGCAGUGUGAGGUGGUUGAGUGGGUUGGACCAAGCAUUAAACGAAUAUUUUGA